CAAGAAAUUCCAUAGAGCGUGUUUUCUGCACGACCGCAACGAAGUAUACAAUAAUAAUAAAAAAACAUCAACUCAAUAAAAAAAACAACAACGAAGAAACAUUUCUUUUGAUCGUUCAAUAACAUGGAAAAUGGUGACUAUUCGGUGAUACUCGUUUCAACGAUAUUAAGCAUUACAUCGAUCACAAUGUUUGCUGCAUGUUUGUGUUGUCGUAAAAAAGUUCAAAACAAUGAACUUCUCGGUUUGGAGGGUAUGGUCAAAAUAAAAAAUCCCGAUGAAAACCUUCUAAAUGGCAACCACAUCAUUUCAAUUGGUGACUCAGACACAAAAAUAUCAAACAAUGAUAUCACCGAUUCCAAAAGAUCGCUAAAUGUACCACAUCGAAGUUUACCUGACAUUCCAAUCUCCGAUCCAAAUCAAUUGGACACCAAUUCCGAUUUAUAUGCAACGGUUGGCGAUAAAGUCGGUGACAAGCCUCAAGGACAAAGUCCUGCGUCGAGUGUUAAGAAACAAAUAAGUGUAUCACAGCACAGUUCGAUAAGCCAAGCGGAUGACUGUAGCUCACCAUAUGCCCGGGUUCGAUCUCCAUCGCAUCCAUACGAUAAAGUGCGACCAGCUGAACAUCCAUAUGCUCAAGUGAAACCAGUUAACGACAAUGUAAACAGACCAUCCACAUCAAAUUCGAAUGCACCAACCAGUAAUUUGAAUGCAGAAAACAACAAUCCAAACGAUAAUGAGCCAUUAUCAAGACGUAGCUCACGGGAGAGUUUAUUGGAUUCAGUUGAUGGAAGACAGCAUCAACAGGUGAUUCCAGCAGCAUCAGCAAUCGCUGGUAGAGUGUCAGCUAGUCAAGAGUUACCGUAUAUGACGCCGCCAAUCGUGCAACCGCAACAAUAUUUCAGCGGUGAUUCACAAGAUUCGUCAAAGGGUUACACGAGUAUCAGUGUACGUGAGCCAUUGGCAAAUAUCAUUGCACAAACAAAGAAACAAAAUGCACAAAUUCGACGACGUGAAAUAUCUGAUUCGCACUAUGCAACCGUUUCGGAUGAUUCCGAUGAAGCGAUGUAUGCAGCAAUUGAAGAUCCAAAUAAUCCCGUUGAAUUGUACACCAGUGGUUCCGAAACGUAUGCACAAAUUCAACCUCAAGAGAUGGUUGUAUCGGUUGAAAUCAAUUCAGUACCGACCCAUCAAAAUGCGAAUCCAUCAACGCCGGCUCAACCAUCUUUGCCAUCGCACCCAUCGGCGAGUCAAACGAAUUCGAAUUCGAAUUCGCUGGCAACCAACAGCACAACACCACGCAAUAGCAUCAAUGAAGGUACAGUUGAGAUGCUAAAGGCGGCAGCCCAUUCAAGACAAGCCUCAUCAUCGAGUUGCACAAGUUCGGUUGGUAAUUUGGGCUCGCCAAAACCGGAAAAACGACAAGCAAAUUCACCACUUCCACCAACACCAAAAGGUAACUCGCAUCACUAUCAGAGCAAUAGCAGCCUGGCAAAUCCAUCGUUGUCGCUGCAAUCGGGACGAAGUUCAGUUGCUUCGGUUAUUGAAGUUGGACAAAGUGGUGGUCAACGGCAAAUAUCACGUGAAAAUCUAUCGUCUUCGGUGGACGGAAGAAAUCAUUUGAGAUCACUUAUUCAUGGUAUCGAUGAUGAACCACGUAAAAAUCGUCUAUCGAAAGAUUUAGAAGCGAUGUAUGCAAAGGUGAUGAAAAAGAAUAAAUUUUCAGCAGCGCCGUCCGAAAAUACAUCACCUGUGCCUCUUAGAAAAGUUUUGAAUGAUCAACAUCAACAGCAGCAGCAGCAACAGCAACAACAGCAGCAGCAGCAACAGCAACGCCAGAGCGUUUUUCUAUCUGAUCCAGACAUAACACAAGAAACCACUGUGCCGGAAUCGUUGAGCAAAUCAAUUCACACGUCGCCCGGCAAAAGUAGCAUAAAAUCAGCGCAGCUAAAUGAAGACAAUGAAUAUGAAACGAUUGACAAGCGACGAACAAGAAGUAAUAGUUCAAAUUAUGAUACAAAAAAUGAUCCCGGAUAUGAAACAAUUCCGGCCGAUUUGCCGGGCGGUGCGAACAAACAAAAUUCAAAUCGAAAUUCAAGCCACAUCACAACACCGCCAGGGGUGUUUCUUCAUAAUCAAUCGCUGAAUGCAUUCCCCGAAACAAAGAAUAUGUUCACAACGAAUUAUAGUAACAGCGGCAGUGGGGGCGGUGCCGAAGGCUCGGAACCCGGCUAUGAAAGUUUACCGGAUCAAUCAACGAAUGAUCCAGGUUAUGAGACUGUUGAAUCGCAUGGAAAGGAUUUGGCGAAAAAAAACGGAUCCGAUUAUGAUCCAAAUUAUGAAACACUUCGACCAACUACCAAAUCGCCAGACUUAAUCGAUCACUAUGCCAAAGUGUCGAGCAAAAAAUUGCAUAAUAACGAUGGAUACAGCAGUAUAAAAUUGAAAAAUAAAAUCUUGAGCAGUGAAGAAGACGAACAAUUAGGCUAUUGCACAAUAUCGGAAGAUAGGAUAGAGACAUCGUCGAAAAAUCAUGACUACGCUAGCAUUCGUGAUAUGACCAAAGAACAUCAACGACAUGAAAAUGUUUAUUCGAGUAUAACAAAUGACAUGGAAUCAAGUCCAUCGAGACAAAACAGCAGCAACAACAACAAUAGAAAUGCACAAUUACUGGCCUCAACACCAUCGCCGGUAAUCAUGUCACCAUCUAUGACCGUUUCGAUGACAUCGACCAUUUCUGAUACAAAAACCCUUACCUCACCAUCGAGCGAGGGUGAAUCAAGCUCAAAUACGCCCAUCUGUUACAACAGCAUUCGCAGCACAGAUCGAAGCCAAUUAACAGUCAGCGUUAGCAAUUAUGAAUCAUUGACUGGCAGUGAAUCGGAUUCAAACUAUGAAUCCGUACGGUAUUUAAAUGCAAAAGACCGUGAAAAUCCUUAUGAACAAUUGUACAAUGAGUCUGAUAUAAAAUACGAUACACUGAAGAGAGAUGACACGACUAACAGUGUGUCCGGAUUGUAUGCGACAUCAACGAAACACAUUGAUUUCAGCAAAAACAGCAGUCUGAGUAGCAGCGGAAGUGGUUUGGGUGGACGUAGCAGCAGUUCACUCAAUAACAAUUCCGACACAGCCGGAUAAUGAUUAGAUAGAAUAAAACAAUCAUUUUUUUAAGCAUUAUCAUUCCAUUUGAAUUGUAUGUGACAAAUUAUUUGCACAUUCUAUUUUAGAUGCACUCUCCCCAUUCACUUCCAAAUUACAUGAACAAAUCUCACAAUUAUUACACAAUAGUGUUCAAAUGAGAUAAACAUUGAACAAAAAAAAAAUUAUAUUCCAAAUGUGAUCACUACUUAAAUCGAAACUAAUGCUACUUUUUUUUGUUGCGUAGACAAUUUUUGAAGGCACAAACCAUUAUAGCCACAAUUUUAUUUUAUACCAUGAUUCUUUUUUCGCAUAUAAGAUAUUUGUUAAAUAAUGUUAAAAAUUGAAAGCUUUAAUUUUUUUCGCAGCUUUCUUCAAAUAAUUUACUUGUGAAAUUUGAUUUAUAUAGCAUAAACGAAUCGCGCACAUUGUUUAAUUUAAAUAAAAAAAGAACUAUUUUAAAUAUGUAAAUAAUUUCAAAGAAAAAACUAUAAUUUAGUUUAGGCAAAUUUCAAGCUUUUGUAUCAUUUUAAGCAGAAUUAAUAAGCG